AUGAGUGUUCUGUCCGAAAUUUUAAGUACGGGUCAUGUCGACAAGGAGCUGUUGGAUGCUUUAGAUGAUGCCCAAAAGCAACUACUCUUCUGUCAGAUGCGUGCUGAGCAGGUACGAAAAUGGCAAGCGAAUGAGGAACGUCUUGAACGCGAGGGUGCUCCAAAAAAAUCGAGCAAGAAAGGGAUAAAGUGGUUGACUGGUGCGGACGGCGAAGUCUGGGUAUGGGUUAUGGGUGACCAUCCCCUGGACAAAUCAAUAGAGGAAAUCCUUGAGGAAGAGGUGACGACACCUGUUCUUUGGAAUGUUGACGUGCAAAGGCGAGAAUCUGAGAUCUUUCAGAACAAACGUGCUCGUGAUGCCGAGGAGGCUAUGCGCAAAAUGGCUCAGAAAGCAAGAGAGCAGCACAGGCAACUCAUCAGAACGUCAACGAGUAUUCUUCCAGCUCUCAGUGAUACGAAAGCUACUUCAUUACGUGAAGCAAUUAAAAAUUUGCCCCGACCGCCAAAACCUAAAUCGCGAGCUGCCAUCGUAGAUUGGUUCAAGAGAGACGAAUGGCCGCGUGGCACUGGACAAGAUCCGAAGACUAGAAUGCCAGCGCCGUGGUUCCAUGGAAUAAUUUCUCGGGAUCAGGCAGAAAUCCUACUACAGGACAAGCCCACUGGUUCCUUUCUUGUUCGCGUCUCUGAGAGGAUAUGGGGAUAUACUGUUUCAUACGUAGUUGGUGAUGGCACCUACAAACACUUUCUUGUUGAGCGUAUUCCAGAGGGUUACCAGUUUCUUGGCACAAAUCAAGUUGUUCACGAUCAGCUGUUCGAUCUUGUUUCUUAUCACGAGACGGCCCCAAUCACUGCAAAAGGUGGAGAGGUUCUUAAAUGGUCUGUGGGACAGAUAUUUCGACCACCAGAUUACCAUGAUAUCGUACCGGAAUUUGCUGUCAAUCGACUAGUCGGACGUUUUUGA